AUGACAAUGGAAAACCCUAACCUCGGUGGAAACGUGUUCUUCCUUGUUUGUCACGCACUUCUCCUUUUACCGCAAAUCUAUAAUGGCAUUCGUCACAAGACCUGGGGUUAUCUCUUUGGUAUGUUCUGCGGCCAUGUAUUUGAAAUUGUUGGUUUUGCAGCUCGAAUCAGGAUGCACUUGGGCGGGGAUGGCUUUCUGGCAUACAUCGUCACAAUCACCAUCGGUCCCGCAUUCUUCAGUGCUUCAAUCUACCUCUGCCUCGCUCGGAUCGUCGCUGUCUAUGGCCAGAGAUAUUCUCGUUUUAGCCCACGCACGUACACCAUCACUUUCAUGCUUUUCGAUUUUGUUGCGCUUGUUCUCCAAGCUGCUGGGGGUUCAAUGCUCGGCAGCGACGAUCGAGUCACACUCAGUGUUGGUAUUAAGGUUAUGAAGGCUGGUCUCGCAGCGCAUCUAGCAGCCAUUUCAAUCUUCACGAUUUCUGCAACUGAAAUAGCAUUCCGGGUUGUUUACAGGCAAGACCGUUGGAACCAUAAGUUUUCCCAGCUGCAGAAAUCUAGGAAGUUCAAGGCCUUCCUUAUCUGUCUCACAAUCGCUACCCUCAUCAUCUUAAUCCGAACUGCCUAUCGAGUUGCUGAGCUUAGCGCUGGUUACCAUAGCAGACUGGCAGAGAAUGAGACUGUAUUUAUGCUCCUGGAAGGCUCAAUGAUUGUUAUUGCCACGACAGUUAUGGCUAAUACUCAUCCCGGUGUCUCAUUCCAGGGUCAGUGGGACGAGGCGAACUUCCGCUUGAAGAAUUCUAAAAAUACUAAAGGCGACAUUAACCCUUCAUACAUCAUCUCAGAGGCUUAA